AUGCUGAGGUACCGGCGGCUCUUCCAGCAGCGGCAGCGGCGGCGGCGGCGGCGGCGACAGCGACAGCGCUCGGCUCCGGCGGGAAAGGCGCCCGGCGUCCAUGCCUCCGGCCCCCCGCCGCGGCUGCGCUGACCCGGCCGCGACCUCCCUCGGCGCACCCAGCCGCCCGGGCUCCUGGGGUGUUCCCUAGCCACGGCCCAGCCCCGCCACACCCACCGCCCCCGGCCUCCGCAGCUCGGCAUGGGCGCGGGGGCGCUCGUCCUGGGCGCCUCCGAUCCCGCCAACCUGUCGUCGGCUGCGCCGCUCCCCGACGGCGCGGCCACCGCGGCGCGGUUGCUGGUGCCCGCGUCGCCGCCCUCCUCGCUGCUGCCUCCCGCCAGCGAAGGCCCGGAGCCGCUGUCGCAGCAGUGGACGGCGGGCAUGGGCCUGCUGAUGGCGCUCAUCGUGCUGCUCAUCGUGGCGGGCAACGUGCUGGUGAUCGUGGCCAUCGCCAAGACACCGCGGCUGCAGACGCUCACCAACCUCUUCAUCAUGUCCCUGGCCAGCGCCGACCUGGUCAUGGGGCUGCUGGUGGUGCCUUUCGGGGCCACCAUCGUGGUGUGGGGCCGCUGGGAGUACGGCUCCUUCUUCUGCGAGCUGUGGACCUCGGUGGACGUGCUGUGCGUGACGGCCAGCAUCGAGACCCUGUGUGUCAUCGCCCUGGACCGCUACCUCGCCAUCACUUCGCCCUUCCGCUACCAGAGCCUGCUGACGCGCGCGCGGGCACGGGGCCUCGUGUGCACCGUGUGGGCCAUCUCGGCGCUGGUGUCCUUCUUGCCCAUCCUCAUGCACUGGUGGCGGGCGGAGAGCGACGAGGCGCGCCGCUGCUACAACGACCCCAAGUGCUGCGACUUCGUCACCAACCGGGCCUACGCCAUCGCCUCGUCCGUGGUCUCCUUCUACGUGCCCCUGUGCAUCAUGGCCUUCGUGUACCUGCGGGUGUUCCGCGAGGCCCAGAAGCAGGUGAAGAAGAUCGACAGCUGCGAGCGCCGCUUCCUCGGCGGCCCGGAGCGGCCGCCCUCGCCCGCCCCCGCGCCCGCGCCGCCGUCAGCGCCCGGACCCCCGCGCCCCAACGCCACUGCCGCCACCGCCCCCCUGACCAACGGGCGCGCGGGCAAGCGGCGGCCCUCGCGCCUCGUGGCCCUGCGCGAGCAGAAGGCGCUCAAGACGCUGGGCAUCAUCAUGGGCGUGUUCACGCUCUGCUGGCUGCCCUUCUUCCUGGCCAACGUGGUGAAGGCCUUCCACCGCGAGCUGGUGCCCGACCGCCUCUUCGUCUUCUUCAACUGGCUGGGCUACGCCAACUCGGCCUUCAACCCCAUCAUCUACUGCCGCAGCCCAGACUUCCGCAAGGCCUUCCAGCGCCUGCUCCGCUGCGCGCGCAGAGCCGCCAGCCGGCGCCACGCGGCCCACGGGGACCGGCCGCGCGCCUCGGGCUGCCUGGCCCGGCCCGGUCCCCCGCCGUCGCCCGGGGCCGCGUCGGACGACGACGACGACGAUGUCGUCGGGGCCACGCCGCCCGCGCGCCUGCUGGAGCCCUGGGCUGGCUGCAACGGCGGGGCGGCGGCGGACAGCGACUCGAGCCUGGACGAGCCGUGCCGCCCCGGCUUCGCCUCGGAAUCCAAGGUGUAGGGGCCAGGCGUCCCGGAACGGCUUCCCGGGGGAUCUCGGAGAUCUGUGUUUACUCAAGACCGAAAGCAGGUGAACUCGAAGCCCACAAACCUCGUCUGAAUCAUCCAAGGCAAACAGAAAAGCCACGGACCGUUGCACAAAAAGGAAAGUUUGAGGAGGGGUGGGAGAGUGGCUUGCUGAUGUUCCUUGGGUUUUUUUCCUUCUUCUUCUGUUUGUGGUCCGGCCUUCUUUUGUGUUUGCGUGUGAUGCGUCUUUAGAUUUUUCCCCCCAGGUGGUUUUUGACACUUGCGAGGACCGGAGUGGAAGCUGGGUAGGCAGGGGAAGGGAGAAGCAUUGGGAGGGGAUUAAAAUCGAUCAGCCUGGCUCCCAUCCCUGUCCCGGGAACAGGGGCAGUCUACCAGCCAGAGAGAGGAGAAUGACAGUUUAUCAAGGCAUAUUUAUUUCCUUUUGCUUUCCAGAGAAAUUUCAUUUUAAUUCCUGAGUAAUGGUUUCCGCUGUUAUGAAAGCAAAAAGGAUGGAUGCAAAAAAAGAAAUUCACGUUUCAAGAAAUGUUAAGCUCUUCUUGGAACAAGCCCCAAUUUGCUUCGCUUGUGUAGGGCAAACCCUCUGUCCCCCCGCGCGCCUGGGUGGUCAGGCUAAGGGAUUUCUACCUCACACUGUGCAUUUGCACAGCAGAUAGAAAGACUUGUUUAUAUUAAACAGCUUAUUUAUGUAUCAAUACUAGUUGGAAGGACCAGGCGCAGAGCCUCUCUCUGUGACAUGUGACUCUGUCAAUUGAAGACAGGACAUGAAAAGAGAGAGAGACAGUUUUGAUUACUGCACAUGUGGAUAAAAACAAAAACAAAAAAAGGAGUGGUUCAAAAUGCCAUUUUUGCACAGUGUUAGGAAUUACAAAUUCCACAGAAGACGUUACUUGCACAAAAAGAAAUUAAAUAUUUUUUAACUGGGGAAGGGGUGGGCAGAUCUUAAAAACUAAAAUAAAAUUCACACUCUACUUCUGUUGUCUAGUAUGUUAUAGAGCUAAUGAUUUAUUGGGAAAAUAGCUUUUUAUACUCCUUUAUCAUGGUACUGUAACUGUAUCCAUAUUAUAAAUAUAAUUAUCUUAAGGAUUUUUUAUUUUUUUUAUGUCCAAGUGCCCACGUGAAUUUGCUGGUGAAAGUUAGCACUUGUGUGUAAAUUCUAUUUCCUCUUGUGUGUUUUACCAAGUAUUUAUACUCUGGUGCAACUAACUACUGUGUGAGGAAUUUGUCCAUGUGCAAUAAAUACCAAUGAAGCACAA